UUUUAUUUGAAUUGUAUAAUACAAAAAUAAUAAUGUGUCUGUCAAAUAAUUCCCUUACUGACUGCCCUACCUUAAGAUAUUCCAGACUACUUAUCUGUCGUUGCGCCAUCACGAGCCAUAUUAAAUUAUGUGAUGAGUCAUUUGAUUACUGUACAGUAGAACGGAUAAUGCGCGUGUCUAUAGUCAGAGCCUCCCUGUCAUUACACUACCAGGUACAGAAUCCAGCUCUGUUUGUGCUUGUUAAACUGUGUUUCCUUGGCUGUCACUAGACCCUGCCCUCCCUGUUUAUCACUCCAUUGACGUGUUGUUAGCAAAUGGGAGCAGAAGGGUUGAUCUCUCACAGAAGAGGUCAUUCUGGCUGGGCUGCCACUUGUUGCCAAAACCUUCGGGGCUUUAGUUUACGACGCCGCUAAUAUCUUUUAAAAAUAUAAUUUCCUCGUCUUCAAUGUUCAGAAAUAAAGCUAACUUUUUUCAAUUGUUAUUGUAAAAGAGUUUGUUUUUGUUUUUUUAAACAGUUAAAUAUUGUGUUACAAUCAACGGGAGAAGAAGCAUGGUUGAUAAUACCGCUGUAGCAACAAAAUCUGCUCUGCAAGCGGUUUUCUCUUCUGCAAACGCCCUGCCUCUCCUAGUCUCUACUGCCUCUGCUCACAGCCACUUUCCCGGCUCCCAGUCUCAUCAAACCAGCGGCGGGAUGAAGCUGGAGGCUGUAAUGGAAAACCUCCAGCGGCAGCAGGCAGCUCGUCUGGCUCUUGAGGAGAAGCUCCGGCAGACGGAGAAGGAGAAAGAGAUCCGGUCUAUGGUGGAGACACAGAUAAAGCAGCAAGCCCUAGCAUUCCGGCACUACCAGGCAGCUAUGCGCGGCUCAUUUGCCGCUGCAGUAUCGCCGGAUUCAGAUCCACGGUCUAGCGCACCGGUUCGGCAACAAGCCCAUCACAUUGCGCACAGGCUCCCGGACCAAGAGGACGCAGAUCUGGACAGUGAUUUCGAAGGGGAUCACGGCAUGGAAGACGAAGAGCGCGACCUGGAAGAUCAGGAUUUGGAUGAUGAAGGGUCUGAGGAUGAAGCCAUGGAAGCCGAUCUACCGCACUUUCAGCCCCGUCGUCCAGUUCAAGCGGCGGCCGGACUGUCUCCAGAGGGGACCCCUGUGCACGUACUCUCCGCGGUGGGGCAGCCUCAGUACGCUACUCCUGGACAAUCACAUUCUCCCACGGUGCUGGCACAGCAAGGGCAAUCCCAGCACCACGAAUGGACUUAUGAGGAGCAAUUCAAACAGUUGUAUGAGUUGGACGAUGAUCCAAAGAGGAAGGAAUUCCUGGAUGAUCUCUUCAGCUUCAUGCAGAAGAGAGGGACUCCAGUGAAUCGGAUUCCUAUCAUGGCCAAGCAGGUGUUAGAUCUCCAUACUCUGUACAAGCUUGUCACAGAGAAAGGCGGCUUAGUAGAGGUCAUCAAUAAAAAGAUAUGGCGCGAGAUCACCAAAGGGCUACACCUCCCUACCUCCAUCACCAGUGCAGCUUUCACACUGAGAACACAAUACAUGAAGUACCUCUAUCCCUACGAAUGUGAGAAGCGGGGGCUCAGCUCCCCAGGUGAGCUCCAGGCAGCUAUCGACAGUAACCGAAGGGAAGGCCGUCGACAGAGCUACGGGUCGGCCCAGUUCAACUACUCCCCAGUGGGAACCCCCAGCAUCUUCUCUUCCACAAAGAUUCAAAUGCCUGCCAUCACCAUGGCAACUCACAAUGGCAGCCACAUGAGCCACAUGAGUCACAUGUCCACCAUUAAGAAAGAAGAGGCCAUGCUCUCCAGUGGCAUGCCCAGCAGGAUUGCCAUCCCCGUCUCCCUGGCUGGGCACCACAUCGCCCAAGCCCAGGCAGCAGCAGUCCAGGCGGCCGCUCAAGCACAGACAGUGGCUCUGGAGCAGCUGAGAGAGAAGCUGGAGUCCGGAGAGCCCCCAGAGAAGAAGGUGAUGCUCAUGGCUGAAGAACAGCAACGGUUCAUGCAGCACGCUCUGCAGCAGAACUUGCUCGCCAUGGCCUCCCAGCUCCCCAUGAACAUCACAAUCAACAACAGAGAUGAUAGACAAGAGACUGCAUUGAACCUGUCUACCAACGGCAUUAGCAGCAUCAACAUGUCAAUAGAAAUAAAUGGAGUUGUCUACACAGGAGUCCUCUUCGCUCGAAAGCCAGUCAUUCCAGUAGUGCCAGGCAGCAACGGAAGCAGCUUCAGCUGUUCGCAGGGAACGUCCUGUCCGGGGCUGGCAGCUCCAACCCAGCCGGUCUCUUCCUCCUCCUCCUCCUCUUCAGCCUUCGCACAGAGCUCAAGCAGCAACUCGCCCUGAGCUCCCUACAGCCACCCGGACAUUAAUAGUAACCAACCAUCCAGCAGUCAACCAGGCACAACCACAACAACAGCAAGCAACAAACAAGAAAACAACAAAGACUUCUGUGCGUCAAAGGUUGCUUUUAUUUUUAGAGACGACUUCCCAGCGAGAAACAAGAUACAGCAGAAAACAAAAUUGUUGCAUGUAAAAACACCUCAACACUGUCUUAUAAACCCCAAAAUAAAUAAAAAAAAUAAUAUAUAUGAUCAUCAUUCAUCAGCUACAUCAGCUUCAGGGGAACCACGUCAUACAUUUGUUUUGAAGUUUGCAAGGAAUAAUGAGAAGCGCACGCGCAGAACCUGACUGACUACUUUCCCGCUAUUUGUGUGUGCGUGUGACGAGACAAUGGGCUCUGUGCACAGUCCCGUAACUGCUGUGUCUCAAGGUGUUUUUUUUUUUUUCUCAAAGCCUGUAUUGUCAAAGGCACUGCGAGAGGACAUUUGUCGGAUGAGAUACAGUAACUUUUUUUUUUUUUUUUUACGUUGUGUGUUGAUUUUAAAAAAAGGUUGCUGUAAACAGCUACUACCAAAGAAAAGUAAAUAUCUGAUUUCAAGUCAUAUGAAAUGGCUGAACUUACAGCUGGAAAAAAGUUCUCUAGAAUAUGAAGAGAGAUGCAUUAAUACACAGGGACAUUCUCAGCCAGCAGGGGCUGGUUUUGUAAGAAUGAUAGCCUUGUCCAAAAUGAAUGUUGAAGGAACUCGGCUGCACAGGGGUCUGUCAUCAGCCUGCCCCAUGUGUAGAGAUUAGAUGUGAAACUAACUGAAGUGAGUACUGGGGUCUGCUUAUUAAUCCUUUUACAUGGCUUUCUUUUCAGUAGAAUCAAAUGAGCAUUUUCAUUGUUGACUAAUGCACUUGUCCAAGACCCAGAAGUUGACAAAAAAUCAAAAAAUAAUUGGGGUGGGGGGUGGUGGUGCUGUGACAGUUGAAGAUGUUUGUGUGUG